UUGCCUAGUGUGUUGCCUUUUCUGUAUUUAGUUGUGUGUUUUGUUAGCGCAAUUAGCCAGAGUGCACUGUAUGUUAAUUUCAAGCAAAAUGCAUGGCAAUUAAACCAAGUGCUUCACUAAUGAAAUGGUCAUCAGUGCUAUGUUGCUGACGGCUAACCAACACAUCGGGGCCAACCAACAACAGCAGCAGCAGCAGCAGCAACAACAAGAGCAGCAAGCAGCCAACAACAACAGCAGCGGCAACACUGCAACGCAACAACAGCAGCAGCAACAAGCGCAACAGCAGCCACAAGCAGAUUCACAUUCAGUAGCCGCAGCUGCUGGAUAUUAUGCGCUUGGGGGCAUACGCCUACCCAAGUCACCCUCGUUUCAUAGCGGCUUAGAUCUGCUGGCGGACGACGAUAACCCGACGUCAGCAACGGCGUCAACAGCUUCAAGCGAUAGCAACAGAUUUAAAUUCAGCAGCGUGGAGGAACUCAAGGCAAAGUUCGAGCAGCAGGCACGCAAGAUGCCGCUGUCUCCGCCAGAGGCAAAUGCAGCAAAUGCCCCAACAGCAGCAGCUGCAGCCGCCGCAUCAUCAUCACCAUCCUCUUCCUCAACCAGUUCGGUUUCCUCAUCUGCCUCAGCGCUGUCAUCGCUCUCACAGGCAGGCUCAUCCUCGCUUGCUUCGGCAGCGGCCAAUUCAUCAGCAUCCUCCUCAGCGGCCACCUACGGCGGUGGUGCGCAGUCGGCAGCUGCAGCGCUCAUUGCCUGCUCCUCACCAUUUGGCUCGCAAUCCUCAACAUCAUCCAUGUCGCUGUCCAGCAGCCAAGCGGCCACAGGCACAGCCACAGCCUCAUCGACAGCCAAGAGCGUGGCUACAACUCUGGCCAGCGGUGGCAGCAGCUUGGUUUCAACAUUGGCUCAACAUUUUUCCGCUGCUAGCAGCAGCACCGCCAGCAAUCUGUUAAAUACAGCUGUGGCAGCCACUACAGGCAGCGGCAGCGCCAGCACUAGCAACAAGGUUUGCCAGCAACAUACAUAUGCACACAUAUAUACAUACACACACGCAUACAUACAGACAUCACCCGUAAGCGCCGCUGCAGCCAUUAAAAGUAUAUUGAAUGCCACCAAAAGUGUCGGCAACAGCAGCAGCAGCAGCAACAAUAGUGAAGUUGCCAUCAGCGAGGAGCAGCAGCAGCCGCCGCCGCAACGCUCGACAGUGGCACAGAAUUUGGUUGGCGGCAUUAGCAUUACUUUGGGCAUUGGCCAACGUAAUGGCACAGCAACGGCAACGGCAACAACCGGAGCUAUUGUUGCCACAACAAGCGCCGCAAGCGGCUUAUCCCCAUUGCGUCAAAAUGGCGACGUGCCACAAAUCUGUCACAAUUUGGCGUCACCGCAGACGCUGCAACAGUUGACAGGCAGUCCAGGACGAGCUCGCGAUCGGAAUCUGUUUCAUUCAUCGGCGCAUGUUGAAACAAAAUCGUUGGCCUUGCCACCACUGCGAGAAACACCUGCGCCCGAACGUGAGGAGCUAUUUCUGCAAAAGCUGCGACAAUGUUGCACAUUGUUCGAUUUCUCGGAGCCGCUAAGCGAUCUAAAAUGGAAGGAAGUCAAGCGUGCUGCAUUGCACGAAAUGGUCGAGUAUCUAUCCAAUCAAAACGGCGUUAUUACAGAGGUUAUUUAUCCAGAGGCCAUCAAUAUGUUCUCUGUAAAUCUAUUUCGCACCUUGCCGCCAUCUUCAAACCCCAAUGGCGCUGAAUUUGAUCCAGAGGAAGAUGAGCCCACUUUGGAAUCAUCUUGGCCACAUUUACAAUUGGUCUAUGAGCUGUUUUUACGCUUCCUCGAAUCACCAGAUUUUCAGCCAAAUAUUGCUAAGCGUUUUAUCGAUCAUCAGUUUGUGCUACAAUUGCUGGACUUGUUCGAUUCAGAGGAUCCACGUGAGCGUGAUUUUCUAAAGACUGUGCUGCAUCGCAUCUAUGGCAAAUUUUUAGGCUUGAGAGCAUUUAUACGCAAGCAAAUUAAUAAUGUGUUUUAUCGGUUCAUUUAUGAAACGGAGCAUCAUAAUGGCAUUGCUGAACUGCUUGAGAUUUUGGGCAGCAUUAUAAAUGGUUUCGCUUUGCCGCUUAAGGAGGAGCAUAAGCAAUUUUUACUUAAGGUAUUGCUACCAUUGCACAAAGCCAAGAGCCUCUCUGUCUAUCAUCCGCAACUAACCUACUGUGUGGUGCAGUUCCUUGAAAAGGAUCCCAGUUUGUCAGAGGCUGUUAUCAAAAGCCUUUUGAAGUUUUGGCCAAAAACGCAUAGUCCCAAGGAAGUCAUGUUUUUGAAUGAGCUGGAGGAGCUGCUGGACGUUAUUGAGCCGGCUGAGUUUCAAAAGGUUAUAGUGCCGCUAUUCCGUCAGAUUUCAAAGUGUGUGUCGUCGCCACAUUUUCAAGUGGCCGAGCGUGCGCUUUACUAUUGGAACAAUGAGUACAUCAUGUCGCUAAUGGCCGACAACUCGCAGGUCAUACUGCCCAUUAUGUUCCCAGCGCUGAAUCGUAAUUCGAAAACGCAUUGGAACAAGACCAUACAUGGGCUCAUCUACAAUGCGCUUAAGCUGUUUAUGGAAAUGAAUCAGCGGCUGUUUGAUGAAUGCAGCAGAAAUUAUAAGCAAGAGAAGCAACUUGAACGCGAGAAGUUUUUACAGCGCGUGGAGCUAUGGCAACAGGUAGAGAGUUUGGCUAAAAGCAAUCCAGAAUGGUCAAAGACGCGACGCUUUAGCGAUUAUGAUAGUCAAAUGUUGUACGAUCAAUACAGUGAGAAUUGUGAUCUUACCUAUGAUAAGUUUGAUCAACAGUCGAGGCCGCAAGCGCCGCCAAAGCAACAGCAACAACAACAACAGUCAAACCAGGAGCCCAGAGAGAUACGAGGUGAACGUAACAAGGACAAGCCGCUGAUGAGACGAAAAUCAGAUUUGCCCACAGACAGUGGCACAGUGCGCGCCCUAUUCGAGCAUAAGCGACCCGAUGAAUACCUGACAACGCCGCCUCCAGAUGCGCAAAACUGUUAGGAGUCCUGCGUCAUUCGCCUGCUGCUGCUACUGCUGCUACUCACAACCCCCUUUCUAGCCUGUAGCUAGUCCUCAAACGCUGGCGUUGAACACACACACACACACCCACACACAAUCCCACUCGGCUGAGUUUCUUUACGAAAAACAAUUUAAAAUAUGUUCUAAUUCUAGUAGUUGAUUGUAAUUUAGUAUAAGGGGGCUUGGAUUGAUGACCUUGCUAAGAGAUGUUUGGCUGAUAAGACGGCGUCGUGGUGCUUUUUAUGGGCAAUAACAACAACAACAACAACACUUGCAGAAAAACACAAUUUUCAAUUUAGUUUUUAUUCAUAUAUACAAUAUA